AUGGCGUUUCACUUAGCAUUUGGUGUUUAUGUGAUCGCUUUUAUAGAAGCCAUACUGUUAUAUGGAGAGUCUUCAGCCGCUCUGGCAAAAGAAUCCCAAACAGCAAUAGCGGGUGAUGCAUCUGUUCAUCUGCCAUGUUAUUACGAUAAACCAGCUGGAUCGGUAGACGUUGGCAAUGUAUGGCUGCAGUGGAGGAAUGAAGAACUUAUUCUCCUUGAACUGAAACUGUUUAGUUCAAGUUUGGCGAGUUAUCUUAGUGUCGAAAAAUACAGCGUUGACGAUGAUGGGCGCAUGGUCAUACACAAUGUUACAAUCGAAGACGAAGGAAAGUACUUGUGUCUGGUAAACUGGGAUAUGAAAGACUAUUACAUAACGCAGCAAACAGAAGUGAAUUUGAGAGUGUUAAGUCCAAAACGUGAAGUUUAUCUACAUUUAGAACCGUCCGGAAAGAGACAAAACGUAACACAUGGCACAGCCAUACAACUGGACCAGUCUAAGGACCACGUGAUCGAAUGUAGUGCAGCUAACGACGACAGAGAAACACAACUCGUAUGGGACGUUCAACCGUCGAUAUUGAACACUGUAAUCGUUUACGGCGAAGAGGAUAUAAAGACCAGUAGGCUGAUAAUACUGGCUGACAAUGAAACAGGAAUAAUUACAUGCACGUGUUCCUUGAACCGGCCUCCAUUACCACCAAUGACCACGAGCAUCACAGUGGAAUUGAUAAAGCCAUCUGAGAAAAAGACUAAAAAAAAUACAGAAAAUAGACGGGAUAGGAAAAAACGGCGACGUAGGCCAGCAGAUUCAUCCCAUCCGAAACGACGACGUAAGCCAGCCAAUUUACACCACAGAAUGUCACCAUUUACACUGUGACUACAGGACGAUCCUUCACUAUUCCCGUAUCUGUUGAACUUGAAUGUCGUCUGAAAAAGAGAGACUAUAUUACGGUACUAGUGGAACGAAUGAAUGGUGAACUGAUUCAGAAAUUCAGCGACAAAAAGGGGUACGGUCAAUGUGAGGAAAACACCUGUAUCUUCAUCCAUCGCGGGAGAAAACGUAUCACUAUUGAGUUUAAAAUUUCAACAGUCCGUGAAGAAGACAUUGGACCCGGACAUGUGUCGAUAUCGGUGAAUAGCAAACGUCACAAAACAUCUACGUUGAA